CUUACUCAACCUAACCACCCCGGCCCCUCCCCAAAUAGCUCGAGCCUCUCGAAACGGCGCGCGAAUUUCAAAGGGGAGAACCAGCGUAAAACAAGCAACAUGAAGCCUGCUAGGCUGUCCCGGAACCUGCAUCAGUCCUACCCUAGACUGAGUGAGGUACGUACGUAGCCAAUGCGAUCCCUCUCAAGAUCCGCACAGGUACACGGUAUGAAGAAAAAUGCGGUAAAGAAGACGUAUCCCGGACAACAUGCAUCUACACCCACAUCCAUCCGUCCACACACACACACACACACACACACACACACAUACGUACACACACGGACGUUGAACUCGGGCCCAUCGUCAAUCAACUUGGUCAAGACUCGCCCCACCCCCCCGUGUCCCGUACACCGCAAACCGGCGCGGCACCGAAUACCGAAUCCCAGAUGCGAAAAGGGCUGAGAUGACACGGAGAGACAUGGGCUCGCCCGUCCCUCUUUCGUCAACACACGCCUGUCCGACGUUGUCAUUGUCACACCUCCUCGUCAGCUCCAGCCCAUCUCUUCUCCUGCUCCUGUUUCCCCACGGUUCCAUUUUGUCUCCAUGUCUACUCCUACAACCCUGACCCUGUCUCCUGUCGUUACUUGCUUGAUUGUAUGGAUGUAGACUCAUCGUAUCUUGCGAUCGUCUACUUCCGGAAAUCAUCUGGCGAUGUCUCCCUUCCCGCCGUUGAAGGGAAAAAGUUAUAUAACCACCCUGCCCCCUCCACUCCUCUCGCCUCUGAUCAUGACGCUACUACUCACUAUCCAUCCUACAUCUCCACGCCUCAAAAGUUCAUCGCACAGAUCCAUCUUGAACACUGUUCUUCCUCUAUCCUUGAACAAGUCCAUCAUCGCCACCGUGACUUCCACACAAUCACAAUAGUGCCGCUCAUCUCACACUGUAUUCGGUGCUCACUGCCCUCGCGGACGGCAAAGGAACCCAAUAAGCAAUGACCACCAUGGGCAGCACAUCGCUCGAGUUCCCGGCAUACGCCAUGCCUUCUGGUAUUCCGUCAAUGACGCCCGACAACACCGUUUAUGACAUGAUUUCCGCGCGGUUCGCUUCUCACAUCGCCUCGAACGAGAACGGCUACUGUACGCCGUCCUCGCGUUGGUCAUGCCCACCAAGCCCGACCUCGAGCGUGGACACGAACAAGGCCGACGAUUCGCAUGAUGACAGCCAUUCCACCAUCACCACCACCAGCACUAACAGCGCAUCCGCACCAGAGGACUCGUCCCAGUCCACGGAAAAGGGAAGACGCAACAACAGAUACAAGAAUUGCAGCGAGUCAGUGCUUUCGAAACGCCGCGCCCAGAACCGUGCAAACCAGCGGGCCUACCGAAAGCGCAAGGAGCAGCGCCUCGAGGAGCUCCAGCAACAGCUUGACGACAUGAGUCAGAAGAACGACGCGCUCUGCUGCGCCUACAGGCUGCUGGCCAACGAAUGCUAUCGUCUCCGCGCGGGCCAGAUGUCCGUGGGGCAGUCGGCCGCCACGUGGGAUAUGAACGGAGCCGGCAGUCUGUCCUUGGACAUGGCCGCCUUGGGCACAUACUCCGUCGCUCCCAUGUCGACAUCGAGCCCCGUCCCCGAGUCAUAUGUCGACUAUCCCGGAAGUCCCGAUACGUUGUGGAGCCCCUACUCGUCGUGAAGCGGGCCGAGACAAAGAAGCACCGGCUCGGGAUUUGAGUGGGGUGGUAAUUCUAUGCGCCGGUGAUUGAUGAUGAGAAACUUUUUUUUUCUUUUCCCCUUCCGUCUUGUGGUGCUUUUCUAGGGUGGGUGGGCCUGGGGAGAUUUUCUCCUUUCCUCUUCUUCUUUUUCUCUCCCAUUCGAUGGUUUUCCCUUGAGAAACCUGGGGCAUUUUCAUGCAGGGGCGUUGUUCACAGUGUUUUCUCCUCCUUCUUGCGAUGGGAGUCAUGGCGUUUUCUUCUUCUCUUUAUGAUAACAUCACCCGAGGGCGUAGAACCAUAGGGCGCGGCAGCAAUGUCAACUACCUACACAGAGCGGUGUGUGUGUGUCUACGUGGUGGGACUAGACCUCACGCAGCUCUCGAUAGACAGGCAAUCAAUUACAGUCUGAUGACAACCACUUGGCGUCUCCGUAUAAGACUUCUUUGCAUUUCAUCCCCGCCACCUCCUCCACUCACCGGCGAACUCUGCAUUGCUCUAGCAUUCAAAGUUGAUGGGGAAGAAAUUAGAAUGAAGAUCACCGGCGUAAGGCCAUGUGAUUCGUGAAGGCAACAUGAAUCACUCGUGAGCCCCCCCCAACGGCAUUGGUUUCCCAAAUCCGAUCAAUCAAUCCCUUCCAAAGACCGUAAAAUCC